AUGGAAAGGAAAGUCAGUUCUCAUAAAAGAAGAGAUGAAGGACCUUCCUAUUGUGCAAAGCUCCCCAUUCACAAUUGCAAGGAGAAGUUGGUGCAGGCUGCCAAAGACCAUCAAUUUCUUAUUGUGACCGGAGACACAGGAAGUGGCAAGACUACACAACUUCCACAGUACUUGUAUAAAGCAGGGUUUGCAAAACGUGGAUUAAUUGGAGUUACACAACCACGUAGAGUUGCAACAAUAUCUGUGGCUCAGAGAGUGGCAGAAGAAAUGCACUGUCCAGUGGGUGGCACUGUGGGCUAUCAAGUACGCUUUGAUGAUUCCACCUCACAGAACACCAUGAUUAAAUAUAUGACAGAUGGCUGUUUGCUGAGGCACACACUGACUGACCCUGACCUUCUCCAGUACAGUACAAUUAUCCUUGAUGAAGCUCAUGAACGGAGCCUAAGUACAGAUAUCUUGUUUGGCUUGCUGAGAAAACAUUUCCAGCUAAAAAGCAGUACAAAGAGGAAACGGCCAUUGAAAGUUAUUGUCAUGUCUGCAACACUGGAGAUUGAAAAACUAGUGGAAUUCUUUGGCAAUGUCCCAGUGGUGACAAUCCCAGGAAAAGUAUUUCCAAUCAAAGAGAAAUUCUUCAAUCUGAUAGGUCCCAGAGACAAAGAAAGCACUGCUUAUGUUACAGAGACAGUGAAAGUUACACUGCAGACUCAUUUAAACGAACCUUCUGGAGAUAUUCUAGUAUUUCUCACAGGCCAAUCAGAAAUAGAGAGAGCCUGUGAUUUGCUGUUUCAAAAAGCUGAAUCUAUUGACUAUCUCCAUGAUAUGUAUGACUCUUCAGUGAAAGGCCUGCUCAUCCUGCCUCUGUAUGGGUCCAUGCCAACAGAUCAGCAGAGAAGGAUAUUUCUUCCUCCUCCAGAUGGUAUCAGAAAAUGUGUUGUAUCUACAAACAUUGCUGCAACAUCACUGACAAUUGAUGGAAUAAGAUAUGUGACAGACAGUGGGUUUGUCAAGCAGCUAAACCACAAUCCCAGGGCAGGACUCGAUGUUUUGGAAGUUGUCCCCAUCUCAAAGAGUGAAGCUAUUCAGAGAGCUGGAAGGGCUGGCAGGACAGCACCUGGGAAAUGUUACAGGAUAUACAGUGAGGAGUUCUGGGACAAAUGUAUGCCUGAUCACAUGAUCCCCGAGAUUAGAAGAACCAGCCUUACAUCUGUAAUUCUGACCUUGAAGUGCCUUGGGAUACAUGAUGUUAUCCGAUUCCCAUAUUUGGAUCAACCCGAGGAGAGAUUCAUAUUAGAAGCGCUCAAAGAACUCUAUCAAUGUGGUGCUAUUGACAGGAGUGGAAAUGUAACUCAACUGGGGAAGUUCAUAAUUGAGUUCCCGUUGGCCCCCAACCUUGCUUGUGCGGUGAUAAAAGCCAUAUCUAUGGGUUGUGAAGAUCUUUUGCUUCCCGUUGCAGCAAUGCUAUCAGUUGAACAUGUCUUUAUCCUUUCAGGAGUGCCUAAAAAACAAAAGGAAAUUGAACAACAACAUGAAGAACUCUCACGAAUGGCUGGAGGUGGGAAUGAUUUUGCUACUUUACUCUACGUUUUUGAACAGUGCAAAUCCAGUGCAAAUCCUGCUACUUGGUGUCAUGAAAAUGCAGUGAAUUGGAGAGCUUUAAAAUCUGCAUUUAGUGUGGAAAAGCAGCUUAGAGAGAUAACAUGCAGGCUGAAAGAGAUGAAGAAUAUUUCCGUAGACUCUCACGAUGGUCCCAAAAUUGAAAUUCUUACUAGGUGCCUCUGUGCUGGCUAUUUCCCCAAUGUAGCCAGAAGAUCUGUUGGAAGAACAUUCUGUACAAUGGAUGGACAUGGUAGUAUGGUACAAAUUCAUCCUGCAUCAUCUUUAUUUGGACAGGAAACUCACCUGGAAUGGAUCCUUUUCCACAGUGUUAUUGUCACAUCUAAAGUUUUUGUCCGAACAGUGUGUCCCAUCCGUUAUAAAUGGGUUAAAGAUUUGCUUCCAAAAUUACAUGAUAUCAAUGUGUAUGAAUUAAGCAGUGUGGCCAGAGAGGAAGUGACUGCUGAGGAAAUAAUGAAAUGGGAGUCGAGAAGAGAUAUGACACAGAAUGAAGACUUACAAGUGUCCGUGAACAAGAUGCAGAGAAGAAAUGAUGACAAAUCAAUAUUGGAUGCAAGAGCCCGUUAUUUACAACGAAAGCAACAGAAGUCUAAAAAUGUUGAUACAGAGGGGAUGGAACAAAGUUGAUUUAUGCUGAAAUAAAGUAGAAUUUCCAGUUUUCAACAUAUAGCAAGAAACUAUAUUGGUGCUAAUUUAAUUCAAACCAAAUACGUAAGGUGUCACUGUAAAACUAAAAUAAGUAAAAAAAAAUUAAAUGACAGUAAAUAAA